GGAGCUUCCUGGUGCUCUGUUCAUCCGAGGAGAGAGAGACUAUCAUCGUAGCACGGUAGGCUCGGUAGCUGCUGCCAUCAUGGAUGCUGCCUGCAGACGGGUGACGGCUUGGAGUCCCCGCAUGGCCCCUCUUGCUGCUGCUACCAGCAUGCGGUGGCUGGUUGCCCUCACCGGUGUGGCGAUUGCCGUCCUGCUGAUGCCGUCAACGGCUGCCGCGAGAAGAGGACUGGAAUCAGUGGAUGGCCACUUGCUUGCCACCGCUGUACCCAUGUUUUUUGAGAAAGCUGACGCCGGCGAGCUCCAGGAGCGGCAGUGUGGGCCGACGGUCGAAGGGCGUGAGACCCCUCGGUGCCGUUUGCAGCCGCCCUUGAACAAGCUAUAUGAAAACCGCACCUAUUUGGAUGCCAGGUGGGUUACGGUCAAGCUGCAGGGCGGCUUCAACGACGCCGCCUAUCAGGGCGUCAUAGAAGGCAUUUCCUACUUCAACGGCAAAAACGUGGACGGGACGACGAUUUCUCUUGCAUCGCCAAUCAGGAUCAAUGGGACACUUCCUGGCGAAUUACCUGGCAUUGCGCACACUACCCUCUUCGUGCCCUCGUCAUUCACUGGGAGGCUGCCCAAACCUCAAGACAGCAACAUCUUCAGCGAGACAUGCAAGUACGAGCAGUUCUAUGUGCUCAAGCUCGACAGCGAUUUACCGACGGUGGACAUGUUCCGCCUAGGUAAAUUCACUCUAACUUACCUUCUGAAUUUGGAUGACGUCAAGUAUAGGGAAGAUACUUUCCAGCUUGUCAGCUAUGGCCCGCCUUUCAGCGCGCAGCCGCUAGAG